AUGGAUAGUCUUUGUUCUGCUGAAAUUAUAAAGGCUAAAGAAUCGCUAGAUAUUACCAAAAAAGGAUAUAAAGAUGUAAUGUAUCUUGAUCCAUCUAAAGGAAUGGUUACUUUGAGGAUAGUUGCACCUGGAUUCAGCUCAUCAGAAGCUGGCUGCUCAAGUCUGGCUCCAUUUGAUUCCGUCUCUUCUGGCUAUACAAUUUACAAGAUGACAAACAGAGUUAUCGAAAUUGAGUAUAGAGAAGAAACUUAUACCAAUGGAGACUCAUACGCUGGGGAUGUCAAAGUCAGCAAUGGCAAAAGACAUGGUUAUGGCCAGUAUAAAUGGGCUGAUGGAAGAAGAUAUGAAGGCCAAUGGAAGGAUGGGACCAUGGAAGGACAAGGGACUAGAUGGUAUUCCAAUGGAGAUCAUUAUAAAGGAAAGUUCAUGAAUGAUAAGAUGCAUGGACAAGGUGUAUACACUUGGAAGAACGGAAGAAUUUAUGACGGAAACUGGGUGAAUGAUAAACAGAAUGGCCAUGGGGUCUUCAAGGGAAUAGAUGGCUACUGCUAUGAAGGAUACUGGGAAGAUGGAAAAAGAGAAGGCAGAGGUACUGUGUAUCACUCAGAUGGAGACAUCUAUGUUGGAAACUGGAAAAAUGACGAAUACAAUGGCCAUGGAGUAUAUAUUUGGAAGAACGGCAGAACUUAUGAAGGAGCUUGGGAAAAUGAUAAACAACAUGGCUAUGGAGUCUUCAAAGGUCUCAAUGGACACAAAUACGAAGGGUAUUAUAAGGAAGGCAAGGAAAAUGGAAAAGGAACAGAGUAUUAUGAUAAUGGAAAUAAGUAUGAAGGAGACUUCAAGAAUGGUGUCCGCUGUGGUAAGGGUUUACAUACCUGGAAAGAUGGCAGAACAUAUGAGGGAGAAUUUUCUGAUGGUAAAAUGAAUGGAUAUGGAAUCGAUAAAUAUACAAGUGGAGAUCAUUAUGAAGGUAACUGGAAGGAUGAUAAAAGACAUGGACAAGGUACAUACUAUUGGAAAAAUGGAGACACUUAUGAAGGCCCUUGGGAGGAUGGAGAUAGACAUGGAAUUGGAGCCUUUAAUUCCAAAGAUGGAAAGAGAACUCUUCAAGAGUAUAAGAAAGGAAAAUUGCUGUAA